UCUACAGGCAACUGGCAUGGUUGGACUUGGGGUUGUUUUCACUGACGGCGAUUUGUGGAAAGAACAAAGAGGCAAAACUCUUCAAAUCUUAAAAAAGUUGGGUAUGGGGAAGAAUGUCUUAGCGGAAAGGGUACAAGAAGAGGCUGGGUUCUUUAUCAAAGCCCUGAUUGACCUCAAAGGCAAGCCAACGAACAUCAAAGACCUUACCUAUGCUUGUGUGUCCAAUGUUGUCAGUUAUGUGGUAUUUGGGCACAGGUUUGAGUAUAACGACCCGAGGUUUUUAAACGCUCUUCAGUCAAUGAAAACUGUCUUAAACAAUUUACAGGUGACUUCAGUGUUGAAUUUUCUUUCUUUUGUGCGUUAUUUACCUUUUGAUUUAACCAAAGGCAAGGAAACAAAAGUGUACGUCGAUCUCAUCCUCAACUUUGUGAAACGCGAAAUGGAAGCCACCCAUCAAGGUAAAGUGCAGAAGGAAAACUUUAUCUCAGAGUAUUUAAAUGAGAUAAAAAACCUGGAAGAAAAAGGCACCAAAACAACAAUGGAUAAGGAUCAUCUCUUAAAAAUUGUCUUUGAAUUAUUCUUUGGCGGAUCUGAAACGACUUCCCAAACAAUUAUUUGGGGCAUCUUGUACGUACUCAACCAUCCGGAGGUUCAGGAGAAAAUCCACAGAGAAAUUGUUGAAAACGUUGGCACUGACCGGGUGCCCAACAUCUUGGACAGACCAAAACUGCCGUACCUUGGUGCUGUUAUCAUGGAAACCCUAAGGCUGUCUUGUAUGGUUCCGUAUUCUCUACCCCAUUCAUGUUACAGAGAUGUUGAAGUUAACGGUUACACAGUUCCAAAAGGAACCCUCAUCAUUCCAAAUUUUCCAUCUAUUGCACACGAUGAAAAAAUCUGGGGAGAAGAUGCCAUGUCAUUUAGACCUGAAAGAUUUCUGGACGUCAAUGGGAAACUGAAAAAUCCCGAAGAAUUUGUCGCGUUUUCUCUCGGGCGACGCGUAUGUUUGGGUGAGUCCUUGGCCAACAUGGAGCUCUUUAUAUUUCUCUCUUCCAUGUUCCAGAGAUUUGAGGUGAAGCCAGAGGACCCAGGAUGUCUUCCUUCAAUGGAAUUUAUUCCUGGUUUUACGACGAUUUCGAUGCCAUAUAAAGUGAGAUUCGAACAGAGGGAGCAAUUUAUCUAAUUUUUCCCUAUGCAUUUUCAAUUUAUACUCAGAGGUUCUUUACGUUUUGUAAUUUUGUUUUUGUCACUUAGAUUUUUCUACAGCAUAUAAUGAAACUACCACUUUGAAAGUAUCUCUAGCACCUAAUAUUUGUGUUGAUCUAGCAUAUCUAUUACAUAAACAAAUCUUUUGUCCAAUGAUUAUUAAUAUAUCAAGAAUAUUAUUAUUCACUUAUUUCAAAUUAAAUUAUU